AUGGACAGACAUUCCGGGCCUUUACGCUUUUCCCACUCCAUCUAUUCUGAUGAAGAUGUUAGAGAAACUUCACAGAGAAAGGGUGCCCAAUCUAGUUUAAGUGUACCCCAGUUGGACCUCCAGACCAUGGUACCCUCUGAUCCAACCUCUAUUCAGGAGACCAAAGGUUCCAUUAGGCUGGACAACAGAUUGCUUCGUAGGGACCAGGUAUCUCUUAACCAAGCUCCCCCAACUUAUGUAGAUGGCAGCCCUGGUAGGCUUUUAACGUAUCCUCUUCUGUCUGACCGGGUUUUAGGCAUAGUUAAUUCUUCAUUACGGCGCAGGACCAGGUAAGAUACAAACAGAUGAUCAAGGAAUUUAAAGCACAGGAAGUUUCCUUUAAUUCCCUUUCCCAUGAAUCUGACACAAUUCCCUUAGCUUUGGAAUUCCUCACGCUCAAAUAUCAUUCAGAGUUAGCCGUAUGGUUCUGCAUUAAAUUUUCUAAUCCCUAAUCUGAUCCAAGACACCCUUUACCUCAGGCUACUCAAAGGGAUAUCAGUCUGCCGGCCUUUUACUCCGAGAUAUAUUUCCACUUGGGAUGUGGACCUUUUAUUAAACUACCUUAAUUCUUUGGACAAUGACCAGGUUGACCUAAGAUGGAUGGCGAUUAAAUUGGCAUCCCUUCUAGUUUUAGCUCUGGCAGCUAGAGGCUCAGAUUUAACCCAGCUAAAUAUUGUCGAACCAUGGUUGUCUCGAACUCCAGGGGGAUUUCAUGUCAUCCUUAAAGGGAGACAGAAGACUUCUCAUAUUUUCCCGGGUCCUGUAGAACUAGAUUUGGUGCAGGGUUCUGCUGAGCCGAGUUUAUGCUUAGUUAAUUUGUUAAAUUCAUACUUGAAUCUUUCUGCCCCAGUCAGACAAGACUUUACGCAAUUACUUAUCACCUCCAGAAAACCUUUUCGGCCAGCUAAGGUUAACACAAUCAGGGGUUGUAUACUGUCCGCUAUGUCUGCAGCGGGUAUUGAUGUCACAGUUUUUAAGGGUCAUUCUAUCAAAGGGGCUUCAGCUUCAAAAGCAGCAGCGAGAGGCCUUCCUCUUCCUAUUAUCCUUGAAGCUGCAAGAUGGUCUUCCAGUAAGACGUUCGUUAACGUCUGA